AUGAUAAAAAGAACCUCGAAUACAGCCUACCUUGAUAUUGAAACACUUGAAACAAAGAAACAAAAGCUAGAAAAUCAGACUGGUAAAGAAAAUGAAUUAGCUGGUACAAAUAAGAUUGAAGAAUCAAUUGAUACUUCAACAAACUCGACUGAAACAAAUACACCAACAGUUGAUGAUCCAAAUGACAUAGAGUUUUGUGAAAAACUAGGGUUUAAUAAAUCAAAUUGGAUAAAUAGUCUAACAGAAGAGCAAAAAUCGUUACUUCAAUUAGAAAUAAACACAUUAAAUAUAACAUGGUUGGCAUUAAUACAUAAAGAAUUAACAAAACCAUACUUCCUAAAUUUAAAAUCAUUUUUAAAAUCACAAUCUUCAACCAAGACUAUAUUCCCAAAAACUCAAAAUAUUUAUUCUUGGUCUAAUUUAACACCAGUUUAUAAAAUAAAAUGUUUAAUAUUAGGUCAAGAUCCAUAUCAUAAUCAUAAUCAAGCUCAUGGUUUGGCAUUUUCAGUAUUAGAACCAAAUAGACCGCCACCUUCAUUAAUUAAUAUUUACAAGACAUUAGCUAUUGAUUAUCCUGGUUUUAAAAUACCUAAUUUUAAAGAAUUAUCAGCAUUAGGUAUACCAGGUGGUGGAAAUUUAACUAAAUGGAGUAAACAAGGUGUAUUAUUAUUAAAUACUAUAUUAACUGUUGAAGCACAUAAAGCAAAUAGUCAUAAAAAUAAAGGUUGGGAAAAAUUUACUGAAAAAUGUAUUGAAUUAGUUAUUAAAUAUUAUUUAGAAAAUGAAAAAAAUGGAUUUGUUAUAAUGGCAUGGGGAUCACCUGCUCAAAAAUCUAUUGAACCAUUUAUUAAAUUGAUGAAGAAUAAUGAUGAUAGAGAUGAUAAAUUUUUAGUAUUAAAGACUGUUCAUCCAUCUCCUUUGAGUGCAAGACGUGGAUUUUUUGAACUGAAUGUUUUUAAAAAAUGUAAUAAUUGGUUAGUUGAACAUGAUGAAAGUGAAAUUGAUUGGAGAAUUAUCGACUAA